AUGAAUCUUACGAGAAAUAUUCAAGAAGUCGAACAAAACCUAAAGUCCUUGAUUUCAGAGAAAGAUAAACGGAUAUCUCAAUUAUUAGUGACCGAGGAAAGGUAUGAACACCUUCAGCAAGAAUAUAAUCAAGAGAAGCUUAAUGCAAAGAAGGAACUCGAUUCCCUUCAAAAAGAAAUAGACGCUGUUCGUACACAGCAAAUGAUCGAACAUCAAAAAUCAGAAAAUGAACUCCGUGACUUACGGCACCAAUUACAAACGGAAUUUUAUAAAGAACGUUGUCAACUAGAAACUGAAUGGCGCAAUGAACGUAUUCGGUUGGAAUCGGAAACUCGUGAGGAGCGUACCCAGCGUUUACGUUUAGAAUCACAGUUUAGAGAUGAACGUUCCGAACGACUCCGGUUCGAGACUGAAUUACAUAAUUCUGAUAGAAAACUAGACGAACUAACUCUCAUUAAUAACAACGAUAAGUCGAGAAUCUCUCAGUUGGAAUCUGAACUGCAUGAAUUGGAGAAGCGACACCUGGACCGAAAAGCUGUUGCCGUUGGAACGUCUGACAUUCCAGAUUUGGACCUUCAAUUAAAGCACACCAAAGUAACGUUGGAUUUCGAGAAAGAGAAUAUAAAUAACAAGAAGAAAGUUGAAGAGUUGAAUUUGGCUUUGGACACAUGGAAGUCCAAGGUGGUUUCAUUUGAAUCACAAUUGAAUUUACUUACAACAAAGUACGAUGAGUUGCAAAAUGAACGCAACAAAGUUGCGGAAGACAUGAAAAAUGCUAGUCUUCGGCACAACGAGAUAGUCGAUAAUCUUAAUCGGGAUAUUUCCGACUAUCAAAAAAUGGCCAAACAAACCGAAGCUCAAAAUGAAGAUGAGAUUCGAAAAGCCAAAGCCAAAGAAAUAGCCUUGAUGGAAGAGAUUGAAACAUUGAAGUCCAAGAUUCUUCAUUUAGAAUCGAGUGAAGGAUCCCUGCAGCAUAAAAUAAGAAGUGAUAUUCAUCAGGCAAAACAAUUUCAGGUCGAUUCUGAACAAAUGGAGACGUUGAACGAAGAGCAACUGAAUUCGAAGAUGGAGAAAAUUUCUGGUUCCACUUUAGGGCGUGACCACAUUACAGAUAGAGAGAAAUAUGAGCUCAUCAAAAUAAAAGUGUCUAAAGCUGACGACCAGUUACGUCCAUUAACUUUGACCGAAAUUGACUCUAUGAUUAUGGAACAAACUCCGAGUAGAGACUUGGUAACGCAGGAACAGAAUCUGAGCUCUGACGUCUUUCCUUUGCUAAAGAGUUCAGAGUCGCAAGAUCUCGAAAACAAUCAAUCUAAGGUUGAUGGGCAUCAAAUUGAAGAGGAUUCUUCAGAAAAACAGAAAUCUACUGAUGUCGAAAUUCUUCCUACCAACGACUUGGAGUCAGAGCACCAAAGCGAUUGGCUAUCUCCAAGUAACCAAAAUCGAACAAAAAGACGCAAGAUGGGUAGGACAGACGGACAGAGUAAUUUUCAACACACUUUACGACCUUCGGUUUCGACCACUAGCACCACUCCGAACUUCAAUACACGUAGCCGUUUCAAAAUCAGAUCAAAAUCAUCCCGUCGUUCUGGGUUGUAA